AUGUUCAUGAUAAUACUGAUCUGUGUGGCAUUCGGUCUCUGGGCGUGGUGUCGAAGGAAUGGUAACAAGGAUGAACCCCCAGCCUAUCCCGGAAGUCUACCUUUGAUAGGUCAUGCACAUUUAUUUUAUAGCGACAGUGUGCAAUUGUGGAAUACCUUGAAAGAGUUGUUCAAUGAAAGUUUUAAAGCAGGCGGAGUGAUGUCUAUGUCUAUUGGUCCGAGAAUUGUUUAUGCGAUAACCGAUCCAGAGGACUUCUUGACUGUAGCCAACACUUGUUUAGAAAAAGAUAGUUUUUAUGAAUUUGCGAAACCAUGGUUAGGGGAGGGUCUGGUGACUGGGACUGUUCCUAUAUGGAAGAAUCACCGUAAACUGCUAAAUCCUGCCUUCAGUCAAGUGGCACUUGAUAAUUUUCUGGAUGUGUUUAACAAACAAGCCCGGCGUUUAGUUAAAGAUUUGGAAAAAGAAGUUGGAAAGGGUCCUUUCGAUCACUGGGUGUACACACGAUAUAAUGCUUUAGAAACUAUAUGUUUGACAGCUUUGGGUGUUGAUUUCACUGAUAAGACAAUACUAAACAACCAAUAUGUGAAUGCUGUAGAGAAAAUCUUCAACGUACUUGUGGACAGGUUCCAGACGUUGUGGCUACAUAAUAAUUUCAUCUACAGCUGGUCUUCAUUAAAAAAGAAACAAGAUGGAUAUUUGAAAAUUCUUCACAAAAUGUCAGAUACGGUUUUAAAAAAGAGAAAAGCAGACUAUUCAAAUAAGAAUAAUUCAAAAAAGGUAGAAAAGGUGCAAGGGCUAAAAUUCAAGCCAUUCAUGGAUCUACUCUUAGAGCUAGCAAUAGAGAAAGGAGCGUUCAAUGAUCGUGAGAUUAGAGAACACGUAGACACCAUGAUUGUAGGCGGUCAUGAUACGUCAGCAAGUGUCCUCAUGUACAGCAAAUCGUACGCUUACAUGUCCAUGAAGACUACGUUAGCACAUCUGUACAGACAUUACAGGGUUAAGGGCGACCACACAAAAUUACAAGCUAAAUUAGAUGUUUUGCUCAAACCGGCGUCUGGACAUUACAUAACGAUUGAGAGAAGGAAGAAACAACUGACAGAA